CCCCGUUAUCGGCUGAUGGAGGUUACGUCUGCGAAGGAUUAAGUGUAUGUGUUUGUUUACCUUUCAGUUUCCGGCUAUCGUCUGCUAAGUCAAGGAGGAAGGGUGAUCAAGCAAAAAUUGCGUUUUUACUUUGCCAGCCAGGUAGCUGACCAUAAAAUCAGAAUGUCGGCUGACCGUGUGGUACUAGAGAGGAGCACAGAUACAAGCUUGACAGUUCAUUUGUUUGGUGCGACUGUGGUUUCAUGGAAAUGUAACGGAUCUGAAAUUUUAUUUGUUAGCAAGAACUCUUUAUUCAACAACAAGAAAGCCAUCCGAGGAGGCAUACCUGUGUGUUUCCCUCAAUUUGGACCAUGGGACCUUGGACCUCAACACGGCUUUGCAAGAAUUACAACAUGGACCAUGGAACAAGAACCAAAAACAUUGAGUGGUGGUGAUGUGUGUGCUGUGUUUACACUCAAUGACAAUGAGGAAACAAGAAAGAUGUGGAACCAUGGGUUCAAGGUGACUUACACCCUAACACUGAAGGAAACAGAGUUUGUCAGUGAUUUUGUUGUGAACAACACAGGUGAAGACCCAUUUAGUUUCACAGCCUUGUUACAUACCUAUCUCAGUGUUAGUGAUGUCACAAAGACAACUGUCAGUGGUCUGAAGGGACUCAAGUAUGUUGAUAAGGUGAGGGAUGGACAGACUUUCACUGAAGAUAGAGAGUUGGUCAGCUUGUCAGAGAAUUACGAUAGGGUGUACAUGGACACUCCAUCAGGUCACAUUGUCCACAAUGUCACUACGGGUAAAACUGUCAUCAUAAAGAAAACCAAUUUGCCAGACACUGUUGUUUGGAACCCAUGGGAGGAGAAAGCCAAGGCAAUGGGGGACUUUGGGGACGAUGAAUACCCCAAGAUGCUGUGUGUUGAAGCCGGUCAUGUGUCAUCCCCUGUGACCCUUGACCCCGGAGCAUCAUUCAUCGCGGGUCAAGUCAUCGUUGCAAAAUGACUACGCCUACCAGCGAACAAAAUCAUGCACCGUCUAUGAAAUUGUUUAAGUGUAUCAUGUACACUUCCUGAAUCUUAUUAUGGGUACAAUAUUAGUAAAAAAGAUUUUCUAUUUUUCUAUUUAAGAAAAUGUUUCAGAUUAUUAAGAGAAUAUUUACAAUCUUAUUUGAGUUGGGUUUAUAAUGAAAUGUUAAACAUUUCAUGAGAUGUUUAGAGUACCUUCCAUAUAACUUUCCUGUCACAAUGCUUUACGGGUAACCAAGGGUUAACCUUUACUUUUCCACGAUAAGUUUUCUGGGUUCUUUUACUUGCACUAGCAAUCCUAGUUUAUAGGACCUAGGCUUCAUCCCCAUCUGCAGGGCAAAGCAAUAAUGGUAAAGUAUCUUGCUCAAGGACACAAGUGCAACAACUGGCUCUUGAACCCAUACUCAGAUGAUGAUCGGAAACACCGGAGCUUUUUACUCUGAAAUAUUUAGUGCAGAAAAUCAAUUCUGCAGGAAUUCAAUAGACCGAUCCAGUAGGCUCCGCCCACGUCGCACGUGUGAGCAAGAACACGUGGGGCUCUCCAAUGCCAAGA